AUGAGCGAACCAUUCGAGAAAAGUUCGAGGAGAUGGGCAAGUUUUGUCGGUAGCGUGUUGAGUGCUGUUGGGGCGGGGACGAAUUAUGCGUAUUCUGCGUAUGCUCCUCAGCUGGGUAACCGCCUGCAUUUGUCUUCCACGACGUUGAACAUCAUCGGCGCUGCAGGCAACUUGGGCGUCUACCUCUCCGGCCCCUUCUGGGGCUACAUAGUGGACAAACGCGGACCCUCCCUCCCUCUCCUGCUCGCAUCCCUCUUCCUUCUCCUGGGCUACCUCGGCAUCCGCCUAGCGUACGACGGCGUGCUCGUCCUGCACGGCGGGUGGGAACUGGGCAUGCUUGCUCUUUUCGGGUUCUGCACGGGGGGCGGGGGGAACGCAGGGUUGACUAGUGCGGUAAACGCUACUGCGAAAAGCUUUCACGAUAAGACUAGAGCAUCAGCGACAGCGAUCGUUCUCUCCGGAUUUGGACUUUCUGCAUUCGUAUUCUCCACACUGGCAGCGACCCUCUUCCCAGGAGAGACGUCCGCUUUCCUCCUCACCCUCGCCCUAGGCACGUCAACCAGCAUGCUCAUAGGCUACUUCACGGUGAAACCCGUACCUCCUCACCAUCAGGCGCUCGAGGAGCCUCCCUAUGCUCGAGAACACGUACACGAGCGUGGACAUGAGGAACAAGGGUUCGAACCUAUGGUCUCCGACGGGGAAGAAGCGAGCGAAGAGCAGCUGGAAGAGCUGAGCGACGUGUACGACCUGGAAGAGCCUACGAGCGCUACGAGCGCUUCGGCUUUGUUAGAGAGAACAGAAGGCAGGAGCGCUAGCUUCGAACUCUCCCCAACGAGGAGCAUGUCCCCGGUUGGGGAAACACAUAGGCGGUUACUGCAUCCGCCUCGUCCUGGAAUGGGGAGGGGCUCCAGGAGCAGGAGCUCGAGACGCGAUGCCGUGCAGGGGAGUGUGGACCUCAAGCCGGCGGAGAUGGCUCUGGAUGUGGAUAUUCAUGGACGGGAACUGCUGCUGAACAUGGAUUUUUGGAUGCUUUUCAUCAUCCUUUCUUGCUUGAGUGGCACUGGCCUGAUGUGGAUCAAUAACGUGGGUAGCGUUGCUCAAGCGUUGUGGAGGUACAACCACCCCGAUGACCCGGACGGGUACUCCAAGCUCCAGGCCGCGCAAGUAUCCAUCGUCAGCAUCUUCAACUGUCUCGGGCGUAUCCUCAUCGGCGUAUCCUCCGACGUCUCACAACAUCAUCUCGGCGCCAAACGCUCCUACUUACUCUCGUUCGUCGCCCUCUCCUUCAUCGUCUCCCAACUCGUCGCCGCCCGGAUAUCCUACGCCACCCACCUUUGGGUCGCCUCCAUGCUCCUCGGCCUCUCCUACGGUAGCGUAUUCGGAAUAAUGCCCAUGGUCUCCCUGGAAUGGUUUGGCAUGGGCCACUUUUCCCAGAACUGGGGAUUUCUUGCCUUGAGCCCGCUCUUUGGGGGGAACCUGUUCAACCUCUUCUUCGGGAGAAACUACGAUUCUCAUUCGCGGCCUGUGGCUGUAGGCGCCACGCCGGACCAUAGCACGCUCGCCUCUGUCUCCCCCACAGGGAGCACAGCUGCUUCCCUAAUGCACCUCGCUGCACGCGCUGGGGGAGUCUCCGACCCACAUAAACAAUGUUUUGACGGGAGACUGUGCUACGUCGAUUCCCUAACACUUACGACCGUCGCUUGCUGCCUUGCGUUCGUGCUGAGCUUUUGGGCCGCUUGGAGGGACAUGCGGAGGAGUGUGAGGCGAGGAGAGGGGUGGGUGAGUAUCGGCGAAGGUGGAAGUAAGUGA